AUGGAAAUUGCUAUCAAAAAUGCUAUGGCUUUGGCACGUUCUACUCUGUCACCUUUUGAGAGGAAAGACGGUUGGGAUGUAGAUUUCUCGGAUCGGGAAAACAGUAUCUAUUUCCACAAUCAUCGGACGAAUAAGACGCAUUGGGAAAGUCCGACCAGUGGUGUAAAAUUUCCAGUUCCUAGAGGUUAUGAUGAAGCUGGUUGUGGUAGAUUAGCAAGGAAGUACCAGGUUCCAAUCAUCCCCAACUUUCCUAAAGGAUUGAAGAGACCCAGAACACCUGAAGCAGCAACAUUCACGAAGGACAUCAAGAGAGGUGAAGAUAGACAGGACACAUCGAAGGAUGUCAAGAAGGGAGGAGAUACCCAGGAAACGUUGCAGAUUGAUGAAGAAGAAAAGUUCAGAGGACCAUUUGGGACUAUACAUGAUACAUCGGAAGAAGAACCUCCGAGGAAAAUACAGAAGAAAGAUCAUGAAAUGAAGUUGGAUAACAUCUCACUCGAUGAUUCAACAACCAAAACCAAGAAAGAUAACAUUCAGAACAACGAGAAGGAAGUACAAAACAAGUCAGAAGAGAUGUUUGAAUUCCCCGAUGAUGUCUGGUAUUAUCGAAAUAUCGGAGGUGGGCUUAAAAAUGGCAGAGAUAAGAAGGUGACACUCCCACGUAAAAAGAAACUGAUUCAACAGAAUGGUGGAUUUAUCGCUGCCUUAGCUGCACCUGUACUUGGAAUUCUUGGCGAUCUUAUCAUCGGUGGAAUAAGGAGAGGAAUUGCAAAGAGGAAACAGAGAAAACAGAGGAAAAUAUCAUAG